AUGGUCCAGCCUACCCAGCCCGUGCUGGCCAAGGAGAGCUUCAACCCUGAGAAGCACCUCCAGUACUCCCCUCCUUCCAAGAUUCACUCCAUGGAGGAGCUCGGCUUUGCUGACAACCACGGCGUGUCGCCCGUUGCCGUCUCUGAGCCCUUCCCUCUAUUCACACAAGAAGCUGUUAUGAGGUUUCGUGAGGAGAUUCUGAAGAAGGAGGUUAUAGACAACUGCAGCGUCUCUAGCAACAUCUCACACUGCCAGCUUCGGGGCUAUGCCAGCAAAUAUGCGCCAUUCGUCUAUGACGCAUGGAAGAACCCCGAGGUCCUGCGCAUUGUUUCGAACAUAGCGGGCGUCGAGCUGACCCCGGCCAUGGACUUCGAGAUCGCCCACGUCAACCUCUCGGUGCAGUCGCCCGAGCAGAUGGACGAGGAGCUCCGGGCCUACCAGGAGGAGUCGGAAAAGAACGACGACGACAAGGACCCCAUCGUCGGCUGGCACACCGACAGCUACCCUUUUGUCUGCGUCACCAUGCUCUCGGACUGCACCCAGAUGAUCGGCGGCGAGACCGCACUCCGCACGGGCACCGGCGAGAUCAUGAAGGUCCGAGGACCUCAGAUGGGUUGCGCCGUUGUCCUCCAAGGCAGAUACAUCGAACACCAAGCCCUUCGCGCCCUCGGUGGCCUCGAGCGUAUUAGCAUGGUCACAUCCUUCCGCCCCAAGAACCCGCUCAUCAAAGACGACACCUGCCUCACCACCGUCCGCGGCAUCUCAGACCUCAAGGAGCUCUACUCCCAGUUCAGUGAGUACCGCCUCGAGAUCCUAGAGGAGCGCAUCCGCGCCGAGCUCAAGGAGAUCCGUGAGUCCCGCGCCGCAGGCCGUGGCGUGUCGACACGGAAGCUCAAGGCGUUCCUGGAGGAGCAGCAGCGCUUCCUUGAACACAUGAACUGCGAGAUGGUGGACGAGGAUAAAGUCGCUGUUGGGAUUGUUUAA